CCUGCUCGUCCCAGCUUCCUUUUAAACCUCACGCUCCACCCGCCUCGCUCCCGCACUCACGGCAGCUCUGCCACCGUCAUGGCCUCCCUCUUCGCCACGCACUCUCUCCCCGCCCACCACCGCCACAUCCUCUUCCCUGCAUCCUCCUCGCCUCUCAUCGGCUCCCACAGGUGCUUUGUGCCUCCACUGUCUUGCCGCGCCCGCGAGGUGCUCGACGUAAUGCCCCGGAGAGACGGCGGCAGGCCUCCAAGAACCGAGGAAGGCAGAACAGGCUCAGCCGGAGUACGGCAUGGCGCAAACGGAGGAACUGUGCGAGGAGACACCACGUCACGGGAGGCAGGCACGCCGCUGCAGCGGGAAGGGAGCCGUGGCGUGCCAAGGCCGUGGAAGAAAGGGGACAGGGUUGUGGGCGAAGAACGUCUGGACUGGGAGUCCCAAGAGAAGAAUUGGAGGAGAGGCCCGAUUCGGACUGGGGAGCAAGAAUGGCAAAGGGAUGGGAAACGGUGGACUAGAGGUGGAAAUGGAAUGUGGGAAAAAGAAUCAGGAAAUUCUGGAAAUUCAAGAGAUGUGGAUAGAGGAAGUAGAAAUGUGACCAAGAAAAAGAUGAGAGUGAAGGGUGGUGAGCAGGGAGGCAAGCUGAGAGUUCUGCUGGACAUGUGCUCGAAGAGAGGAGAUGUGAUGAGGGCAAUCUCGCUGUUUGACUCUGCGAUUGAGGACGGGAUUAGAUUGGGGCAGCACCACUACAAUGUCCUCCUUUACCUGUGCUCUUCUGCUGCCCUUGGUUUUGUCCAACCAGCAAAGAGUGGCAACACUGCUAGUGGCAUCACUAGUAUUGGUCCUGCACAGAAACUUGAUUCAUCACCCAGUGGAAGCUUGGGGGGUUCAGAGGUAGAUGAUGCAUCUGAAGGUCUCGUUCAAGAUCAGGAGAAAGAAAAGGCAGAAAUGUUGCCUUCAGGUGAUUUGACUGUGCAAACAAUUACCAUACCAGUAGGAGAUGAGCUCAGAGAAUAUGCACGUGCACGAGGGUUUGAGAUAUUUGAGAAGAUGUGCGCAGAGAAAGAGAGAGUUCAAAUGAGUGAGGCUGCUCUGACUGCAAAGGCACGUAUGGCUUUGUCAAUGGGUGAUGGUGACAUGGCUUUUGAGGUUGUCAAACAAAUGAAAGACCUCGGUAUAACUCCAAAGUUGCGGUCAUAUGGUCCUGCUUUGACUGCGUUUUGCAACAGUGGUAAUGUUGAAAAAGCAUUUGAAGUGGAAGCCCAUAUGUUGGAAUGUGGAAUCACACCGGAAGAAGCUGAGUUGAAGAUGCUUCUCAGGGUUAGUGUGGUUGGGCGACGCGGAGACAAGGUGUAUUAUUUGCUGCAUAAGUUUAGGGCUGCUGUCAGGCAGGUAUCUCUUUCCACAGCUCAAUUAUUUGAGGCUUGGUUUAGGAGCCCAACAGCAUCUAAAGUUGGGAAGAGAAAGUGGGAUGCAGGUGUUAUUUCGAAGGCUAUUGAGAAUAAUGGAGGGGGUUGGCACGGGUUUGGUUGGCUAGGAAGAGGGAAAUGGACUGUAACACGCUCGCACAUCAACAAGAAUGGUGCCUGCCUUGCUUGUGGAGAGAAGCUGACUAUUAUAGAUCUUGACCCAAAAGAAACAGAAGAUUUUGCCACAUUUGUGUCAAAAUUAGCUAUCAAGAGAGAGAGAAACUCAAACUUUGAGAAAUUCCAGAAAUGGCUUGAAAAGCACGGACCUUUUGAAGCAGUCGUGGAUGCUGCCAAUGUUGGCCUUUUUAGCCACAAACAUCUUUCCUUGAAUAAGGUUAAUGCUGUUGCUGAUGCUAUAAGGCAAAGGUUUGCGUCAAGAAAGUGGCCUUUGAUAGUUUUACAUAAUAGGCAUCUCACAGGAGAACGCAUGAAAAAACCUGGUAAUCACAAGUUGGUAGAGAAAUGGAAGCAAGCGAAUUCUAUCUACGCAACCCCUAAUGGAUCAAAUGAUGAUUGGUACUGGCUAUACGCUGCUAUCAGAUGCAAAUGCUUGAUCAUUACCAAUGAUGAAAUGAGAGACCACACAUUUCAGAUAUUGGAAAAAGAUUUCUUCCCCAAAUGGAAGGAAAGGCAUCAGGUACACUUCACCUAUGAUGAAAGCUCCGUCACAUUUCGAAUGCCACCUCCUUACUCAGUUGUAAUUCAGGAAUCUGAGAAAGGCCACUUGCAUAUCCCUAUCUCAGAGGAAGGAUUGCUAGAGAAGGACCGAACUUGGCUAUGUGUUACGCGACGCAAUUCACAGGAACGAUAAUCAUGAAGAUGGAGUUGAUCCAAAACAUUGAUGUGAUUAAAAUCGAACUCAGAUUGACAUCCUUGUAAAGCUAAAUGUUGACCAUCGUUUUAUGAUCACUCUGGAUCUAUGCUAACAAGGCAGAGCAUUUCCCGCUCUACAAUUUUCCCCUGGCCCGGCUGAUGAGAGGCUUUUCUGCAGUCAGGAAAUGACCACAAGCUGUUGAUAUUUUGUUGCAUACUUACAUUGCUUCCAUUGAUGAAGUUUUACAUCCUUAUGACAUCCAUGGAGAAAGGAAUAGUCCUUCUGGACAUUUAGUCAUUAUGCUAUUGUAUCCUCUUGUUGCCCACAUCCUCUUCAUCCUAUUAUAUGUAGUGAAAAAUCUGAUAUGUUCUGGUUGGAGGAUAUUGCAUCAUUCAGUAACCCUGUUGGAGUCUUUCUUAGAACUGCAAAAUGUAAUGCAUGUUGACAAUGCCGUCCACAUAGGCUUUUUAGUUGUGCCAUCAGCAGUCCCCAGACUUAUCUGAGAGUAUCAGCAGCGGUCCCUAAACAUGCCCAAGGGCAUCAUCUAUGUCCAUAAACUAUUAAUUUGCAGUUCCGUACUUCCAUGUUA